AUGAUGUCCCUGCUAGAGAAGGAGGCGCGCGACCCGGUGGAGGUUUUGCGGGUCAAGCUCAAGGACUCGACGUCCACGUCGCUACUCAACUCGCAGCUGCUGCAAGAGAUCAAGGGCGACUACAUGGCCAAGCAGGACAGCACCACGGGGCAGCUGGCAGGCUUCGUGCAGGCCCAAGUGGACGAGAUCGAGCGAGCCAGCGCGUUGCUGGAGCUGGAGACGCCAGUGAAGCAAAUUGUCACGAAUCUCGACGACUUGGGACUGAACUGUCGCCGCAUGAACGAGGAGCUCGGAGAGAAGAAAGUUUCUUCGUCUGGUGUGAGUAUCGCUCGACGGAACUUGAAGGAGCUGGAGCACCAGAUGGUGCUCUACGACGAGCUGCCAAAGAGCGUGCAAGCACUCCACGAUGCCUUAGACGGAGGACUCACGAGCUUCGUGGACGUCUACACCAAGUGGCAGGAAAUCGAUGACUGGAGGCAGAAGAUGCUCCACGAGCUAAGUGUCGCUGCAGUUGAGAAGAGCGACGAACUCGGGAACAGCAAAGCUCAGGCUCGUGUAAUGGCGUCCAUGGGGUCCAGAUUGAGUGCUAUUGAGAGCGUGCAAAGGCGCAUCUACGCUGAAGUAUGGGGAUGCAUGCACCACUGUGUGGAAAUCGCGCAGUAUGGCAAACAGCGACUCACGGACGCGUUCCAAGUGCUUGAUAGGAUGGAAACACGCCGUCUGCGCUUUGUGGACUCGAAGAAGGACGUGUAUCUGGACAACCAGCUGAAGCCUGUGGCUGAAUUCAACAUAACAAUUCGGGAAAGAUGCAGGACUGAGGUCAUGACGUCACUUGCAAAGCGUAUCGAAGGCAUUUUCCGCGCUGCAGAGAGCGAGGCUGAGGCUAGUAACAAAGAUUUGUUCACUCCGGUGCUUGAGGCUGCGACUCAGUUGAUGGUGGACUUGGAAAUCGUGCAAUCCGACGUGGCGCCGUGCUUUCCGAGCGAGAUCGAUGUGGUCCAUUUGUUUACGAGCACAUACAACGCACAACUUGAUAACGAGAUCACCAAGCUCAGCGAGCGACCCGACGUGGGGAUAGCUCAGCGUCUCCAGAUUGUCCAAUGGAUCGACUAUUACAACACGGAAAUCAUCAAGUACAAGCAUUCACGAGCGUCAAUUGUACUGGACAGAACUUCCCAGGAGCUCAUGGAGGGUUAUCUCGACGAGAUUAAGGUUCAAAUCCACACGUGGAUAACCAAUAUCUGGAGACGAGACGAGGAGUGCAUUGUGGGGCCACAAGGAGGGCUGCAGUCAACUCGUCCCAACGACAUUGUGAAUAUACUAAAGUCGCAGAUCUCGAUCGCGCAGGAGUGGCUGAGUGGGCGAUUGGUGGGGUGCGUCGUCGCAGCAUGUCUGCAUGUGCUCAUGGAGGAGUUAAAGAUCCGGUACGACAGCAUCGCUGGUAAACUGGAGACGGUGGAUGCAGAAAUGCUGUGCACCUUCAUCAACGAUGCAGAGAUUCUACAGGCAAAAUGUCCAGAAUUGGUCGAGGAGAUUUCGUUCGCGGAAACGGAUUCGGAAGAGAAAGAGGCGUUCGACACGUUCAUGGGAGACAGUUUGGACACCACGUCAACUGACAUUGUCGCCUUUGCCACGAGCGCUUGUGACCUCAUUGUGAGCAAGAUUUUCCACGAGGUGGAGCAGGACACUACGAAAGUAUGGUUCUCAAAGAAAUGGGACGAAGGAGCUCCAGUGGUUGAGACGCUAUUAGCCACGCUGGACGACUACUAUCCUGACUUGAAAAAGUGGAUCUUCGGCUCCUUUUUCUUCUCCAAAGUCGUUCGUCAGUGCUUGAAUCGGUGCGUAAAAGAAUACUGCGCGAGACUCAUUCAACGCACCCAGCCCUUCUCCAACCCCGUCAGCACAGCUGCUACCGUCGACAACGACUUGCACAACUUUGUUGAGUUCUUCAACAAGUACAGCGCCGACCUCCGUCGCACAGGGAUCCGCUCGGAGGAGGACAUUAAAAGGGAGUUCACCUCAUUGCAAGUGAUUAGCUGCACCUUACGAGGAGAAGCUCCUCCAGACACUAGUCAAGAAACGGGGGAAAUAUUGCGUCAAGUUAUCAAACUGAUCAAAACCACGUCCACGCAAGAAGCGUCGGGGCACAAGGCAAAGGACAAACCGGUGAAGGAAGCAAGUGUUAAGAAGAAGCGCUUUGGUGCCAUCUCGAAAGGCAAGAAGAGCAAGACCAAAGAUAAGGCUGAUGCAGCUAAAGCGGGGGCUUCGGAGGCUGGAAAAGAGUCGAGCUCGCGUGCAAACUCCUUCACUCAGCACGACGAAGACGGCGACAGCUUUACCGUACAGAAACUGGAUAAGGCCUCGUUUUUGGGCAACUGA